CUCUAAGCCUAACAUCCCCACCAUUCUGUAGCAUAAGAAUUCGAGCACCCUCUAGGCUCUCAUCAUAAAUACCCUCAUUAAGCACUAAUUUUUCUUUGUUCUUCUUAACUCUGGCUUCUAAAUUUCUCCUCUGGUUGGUUAAAUGGUGUAGGAUAAUUGAAUAAAUUUCUUUUUCUUUAUCCUUGAUAGGUUGUCCAAAAAGAGCAGACAUUGUGAGAAGGCAAAGAGCAAUUGUUCCCUCUCUUUCUUGGAUUCUGCAUCCAAAUCUAAAAUAUCCAUUUCUACAAUUGAACUUCCUUCACCCACUGGGAUAGAAUCAACAGUUUGUUGAUCCUGGUCGCCAUAAGCAGACAAGAAGGAAUUGCUGCUGUGUGUUGGUGGUCGAGGUUCAAUUCUAUCUGACGGAGUGAUUGAGAGAGGUGAAUUCAAAUCAUUAUAAACAAUUACCUGUGAUUCUUCGGAAGUUUGACCCUCAUGACUAAGAUCAUCAGAAGAUCAUCAGAAGUUUUCUCAGGGAGAAAAAUAUAUAAUCUUAUGGGUAGAGUUAACGGCAAGCCAAUGGGUCGUAGGAUUUUAACUGGAUUUGAAGAUGAAUUACCAAACUUGUUUUUAUCAGGUCGUGUUGAUGAUGAUGCAGUGGAUAUUACGGAUGAUAUGGUUUUGGAGUUUUUUGAUGGUGAUCAAGAGAAGAAACCGUCUUCAUCGGCCACUUCUUCAUCUGGUGAAGAUGGAGGAGAUGAGGAUGACGAAGGGGUCGUACAGAACGUAGAGGAGAGAAAAGCUUUCUGGGAAAAUCAACACCAACUUCUCCAUGCAACAAUUAUAAAAAGUAGUCCUCUGGAAUCGAGUAUCCGGAACGCGACCAAACAGGCUCUAAAGGAAUCCAAGUUGAUCACCGGAACUAUUUGUAAAUGUGGGAUUUUAAUCGAUGGAUGUCGGAACUGUAUGCUGAGACAUGUCUCCGAUCGUUUAUGUGCCGCUGGUUUCGAUGCCGCAGUUUGCAAGUCUAAAUGGAGAAGUUUUAAAAACAUUCCAUCAGGUGAACAUAUAUACGUAGAUGUGAUGGACAACAAUUCAAGUUCUAAGAAGAAAGGAGAAGCUAUAAGAGUUGUAAUCGAGUUAAAUUUUAGGGCGGAAUUCGAGAUGGCCAGAGCAAACAAUGAGUACAAGUAUUUGUGGGCAAAGCUUAAAGAUUACGCACAUUGAUCAAGAUAAUGUGUGGUGCUGCUAAGAAAUGCAAGAAGGAAAAUAAAAUGCAUAUGGGUCUAGGGGUGCACAUACCCUACCCAUGUCCGCCAAUCCUACCCUACCCGCCAGUGUUUUAAUUAACCGUAUCCUAUCCUACCCAUUAUUUGGCGGGUAAGGUAACGGGUAAAGAUUUUCUUAACCGCCGUUAGAUGGGUGGGGUGACGGAUAAAGCUCGAAAUUAUACCCGCCUACCCGCCUACCCGCCUAUUUAUCUAACAGCCGUUAGUAGUCGUUGAUCUUUCUAUUAUUGAUCAUCUUUGCCGGUAGAAGGAUUCAUUUACUCUUCCAUGUGGUUGUUCUUAUACUAACCAUUGUCGACCUUGGUGAACUGAUGUGCCGAUAUUAGAAUUUAUACCUUAACUUUAUAACAACGAUUCUUUUAUGUUUA